GGACCGACGAACGCAAAGCGAAUGAAGACGGCCAAGAACGGCACUCGAGGCGGAGAUGCGGAGAUUGGGUGACAUGGCGUGCGGGAUUUGAACAUAAACGGUGCGCGGAGCGGGCGGGGGCUAUGGGGGAAGCCGAAAAAGGAGAAAGACGUAUGUCAUCGGAAGCUUGUGGCGUGGCUGGUUCUGGAUUGGUGCACUUGCGCGAAGAAAUCGAACAUGCCUUGCACCGCACACAUAUAUAUCUCUCUUCUCGAUCUCCCCUUUCUCUUCCACCUCUCUCUCCUCCCGCCCCCUCGCUUCGGCCACCUCUGUCCUUGUCUCCCCCCAUCCUCGAUCCAAUAAUUAUUUCGUCAAAAAUGCCUGGCCUCGUCUCCGACGCCACCCGCAUCUGGGAGCUCGGUGUUCACUGGCCUCUAGGGUCACAAUGCGGCGUAUGGGACCCGAAAGGCAGGAAAGUCGAUGUCUGGGAGUGCAUUCGUGGCCACAAUGCCACCCCUGGGACAGAACCUCCUAACAGUCAUUACUGGCGCUAUGUGGCUCGAAGAUAACAUGUCAUGCAUCCCACAGCGCGAUCUGAAUGCCUUCUGGAACAAACAGCUGCUCCCAUGACAUGGGCAUCCACAUUUUGUCCACAUUUAUCCACCAAUCAUCCACUCACGCAUCACUUCCUUGUCCACCCUCAUUAUUCCUUCCUCAUCCAUCAUCAUGCAAACAAGCAAUCUGACCAUUGAACGGUCUCGCUUUAUCACCGAAUGCCGCCAUUCUGGCGACGCUUCGCGGCGCUGCGCUGGAGGGAAAUAGGGUUUGAAGUUUGAAGCCAGGGCGUGCUUCCUUAUGAUGCAAUUCCACCAUCUGCUAUGUUGUUAUCAUUGUAUUCUAUUUUCGGCACAUCCUCACAGUAUUGUAGAGUCUUCCUUUGGUCUUCCUUUUCCCCAGCUUCGUCAUGCAAGUA